CUUUUGUGUGGAGAUUCCGGAGGCUGUGGCUGUCAGCGCGCUGCUCAUCAGAUUCUGGGGUUGGAUUGUGCUUCUCCGAAGCUAAUGUGUAGAGAGAUUUGGGCAGGAGAAUCCAGGGUCAAGCCACAACAGUCCUCUCCUUAAUCCACUCCAUUCCCUCCUUUCCCAGCUAAGCUCCCAGACUGCACUAUGGAUUUCCAAGAGCCACAAAGGAUGGAUAAAUCUCCAUGGCAGAAGAGAGGAGACCAGCUAGCACUUUAACUGUUGUUCACAGAAGUCUCCUUCGGCAGACCCCUGAGAGGUUGAGAUAUCCUUCCCAUUUUCCAUGGAACUGGUGUCAUUUGAGGAUGUGGCUGUGGACUUCACCUCAGAGGAGUGGAGGGACUUGAAUGAUGCUCAGAGGACUUUGUACAGGGAUGUGAUGCUGGAGACCUAUGGCAGCCUGGUUUCACUGGGGCGCUGCAUUAGUAAACCUGACAUGAUCCUCAAGUUGGAGAAAGGAGCAGAGCCAUGGAUGAUAGAAGAACACCCAAACCAGAGCCUCCCAGAUGUCCAGGUAAUCAUUGACCUAAUUGAGAGGAGCCAAGAAAGUCAUGGUAGAUGCUUGUGGCAAGGUGUAAUCACCAAUAGCAACCAAUCAACUGAGGAGAGAGUGGAGUUACGAAAAUCAUUUAAUUUGAGUUCAAAGCAUAUUUUAAAUUUGGUUGUAAAUACUGGAAACUAUUCAGGAGUGGGGCAUGAGGAGUUUAACAUAUGUCAGAAUGCACUUCUUCCAGAGACUGAUGCCAUGCAUGCUGGAGAGAAACCUGAUGAGCAUAAUAUAUGUGAAAAAUCACAGAGACAUCAGGAGCAUCUUAUUCAGCAUUCCAAGAUUCCAACUGGGCAACUUUUUGAAUGUAGUGGAAAAGGAAAGUCCUCCAACACAGUGCCAAUUAUAUCUACAUAUAAGAAGAUUCAUAUGGGUGAGACCACCUGUAAAUAUAGUGAAUAUGGAAAUGCCUGUAAUAAGUCAGCUGUCAUUGCCCAAGAGAUAACUCAGGUAGAGAAGAAAGCUUUUCAGUAUGAUGUAUGGGGGAAAAUGUUCUAUAAAAAGGCUAAACUUACUCAACAUCAGAUUAUACACACAGGAGAGAAACAUGAAAAAUGCAGUGAAUAUCAGAAAUCUUUUACUAAGAAAUCAUACCUUAUCUCAUAUCAAGGAACAUCUACAGGGAAGAAGCUUUAUUUAUGUAACAAACAGGAGAAAUUUUUCUAUCAGAAAUCAGGCCUUACUGUGCAUCACAGAAUUCACACAGGGGAAAUGUCCUAUGGAUUUAUUAAGUGUGGCAAAAACUUUCAUGAGAAUUCACAUCUCAACUGUCAUCAGGCAGUUGAAACAAAUGGAAAAUCAUGUGAAUGUAAUGGACGUAGAAAACCUUUCUACCAUAAUUCUGCCCUGACUGCAUAUCAGAGAAUUCACAUGAGUGAAAAUCCAUAUGAAUGUGAAGAAAGUCAAGUUUUCUCCAGUAAUUCAAAACUCAAGAAACAUGAGACAACUCACAUUGGUGAGAUUCCCUGUGAAUGUAACACAUGUGGAAAAACCUUUCACGAGAAUUCAAACUUCAGCAAGCAUAAGAGAAUUUAUAGUGAAUGUGGAAAAGGUUUUAACCAAAAGUCAAACCUGAAGAGACAUGAGAGAUUUCACCCAGGAGAGAAACCAUAUGAAUGUAAAGAAUGUGGGAAAGCUUUUAAACAAAAGUCAGCCCUCAACAAGCAUCAAAGAAUUUACAAAAGUGAGACACGAUAUGAAUGUAAGGAAUGUUCAAAAGCUUUUAAUGAAAACUUGAUCCUCAGUAGGUAUCAGAGAAUUCAGACAGGUGAGAAAACAUAUGAAUGUAAGGAAUGUGGAAAAGCUUUUAAACAAAAGUCGAUCCUCAGUGUGCAUCAGAGAAUUCACACAGGUGAGAAACCGUAUGAAUGUACAGAAUGUGGAAAAGCUUUUAAUCAAAAGUCAAACCUCAGUAUCCAUCAGAGAAUUCACACAGGUGAGAAACCAUAUGAAUGUACAGAAUGUGGAAAAGCUUUUAAGCAAAAGUCGAUCCUCAGCAUGCAUCAGAGAAUUCACACAGGUGAGAAACCAUAUGAAUGUAAAGAAUGUGGAAAAGCUUUUAAGCAAAAGCCAGUCCUUAGUAAGCAUCUUAGAAUUCACACAGGUGAGAAACCAUAUGAAUGUAAAGAAUGUGGAAAUGCUUUUAAGCAAAAGUCAAACCUCAGCAUCCAUCAGAGAAUUCACACAGGUGAGAAACCAUAUGAAUGUAUAGAAUGUGGAAAAGCUUUUACACGAAAGUCAUUCCUCAACAUGCAUCAGAGAAUACACACAGGUGAGAAACCAUAUGAAUGUAAAGAAUGUGGGAAAGCUUUUAACCAAAAGUCAUCCCUCAACAAGCAUCACAGAAUUCACACAGGUGAGAAACCAUAUGAAUGUAAAGAAUGUGGAAAAGCUUUUAACAAAAAGUCAAACCUCAGCAUGCAUCAGAGAAUUCAUACAGGUGAGAAGCCAUAUGAAUGUAAAGAGUGUGGAAAAGCUUUUAACAAAAAGUUGAUCCUGAGUAAGCAUCAGAGAAUUCACGCAGGUGAGAAUCAAUAUGAAUAUAAAGAAUGUGGAAAAGCUGUUAAUCAAAAGUCAGUCCUCCACAUGCAUCAGAGAAUUCACACAGUUGAGAAUCCAUAUGAAUGUAAAGAAUGUGGAAAAGCUUUUAAUCAAAAGUCAAACCUCAGCAUCCAUCAGAGAAUUCACACAGGUGAGAAACCAUAUGAAUGUAAAGAAUGUGGAAAAGCUUUUAAUCAAAAGUCAAACCUCAGUGUCCAUCAGAGAAUUCACACAGGUGAGAAACCAUAUGAAUGUAAAGAAUGUGGAAAAGCUUUUAAUCGAAAGUCAGUCCUCCACAUGCAUCAGAGAAUUCACACAGGUGAGAAACCAUAUGAAUGUAAAGAAUGUGGAAACACUUUUAACCGAAAGUCAAACCUCGGCAUCCAUCAGAGAAUUCACACUGGUGAGAAACCAUAUGAGUGUAUGGAAUGUGGAAAAGCUUUUAUACGAAAGUCACCCCUCAACAAGCAUCAGAGAAUUCACACAGGUGAACCAUAUGAAUGUAAGGAAUAUUCAAAAGCUUUUAAUGAAAAGUCAUACCUCAGCAUCCAUCAGAGAAUUCACACAGGUGAGGAAGCAUAUGAAUGUAAAGAAUGUGGAAAACCUUUCAAUCAAAAGUCACACCUCAGCAUGCAUCACAGAAUUCACAAAGGUGAUAAACUGUAUGAAUGUAAUGAAUGUGGAAAAGUAUUUUUUUUUUUUGACAAAGUCACAGUUUAGAAAUCAUCAGGAUAAAAGACAGGCCUUGUAGUGAAUUCCCCCUAACAGACAGAAAAGAAUUCACACAAAGGAAAAUCUCAGUGAAUGUAAUUUGUAUGGGAAAAGAUUUUGCCAGAAGUCAUACCUCAAGACAUCAGAGAACUUAUAUUGAAAAGAAGACCUAUAAAUAUACAGUUCUCCUCAGGUAUUGAAGAUUUCUUGAGGAUCCCCUAUUGGUAUAAAAAUUUGCUGAUGCUCAAGUCCCUUGUAUAAAUGGUGUACUGUUUGUAUAUUACCAAUUCACUUC